AUGGCGUCAAGCACACUUCUAUGGAUCGCUAGCCUUGCUUCAGUCCCUCUUGCUUUGGCCGGCAGCCCAACUUACAGCGCCAUCUUCCAGAAUCCUUUGCCAUUAGCACCAAUCGCAACUCCGGCAAGCUCCACCAAUGUCAAUGGUCAACAAAUAGACUUUUACGAGGUCACAAUCGAGCCGUUCCAGAAGCAGAUUUAUCCUGAUCUGGGGCCUGCCAACCUCGUGGGUUACAAUGGCGUUGCGCCAGGUCCGACAUACUAUGUCAAGAAGGGCACUCAAACAGUCAUUCGCUACCACAACAACCACACCGAUGAUUCGGUGGUCCAUCUUCACGGCUCAGCCACACACACACCAUGGGAUGGCUGGCCGAGCGAUAGUAUCGCGCUCGGUCAGUACAAAGAUUACUACUACCCAAACGAUCAAAAUGCUCGCUCUAUCUGGUAUCACGAUCACGCAGACGGUAUCACUACAUUGAAUUGCUUCAGAGGUCUGAUCGGCACAUACAUUAUCUAUGAUCCGGAAGAAGACAAAUUGAAUCUUCCCACUGGAAAAUACGACGUUCCGCUGAUGAUCACCGACAAGAUGUACACCGACUCGGGCGACCUCGUUUCUGUUGCUAAUGAGUCUGAGGACUUCGUUGGAGAUAUUAUGGAAGUCAACGGCCAACCCUGGCCUUAUCUCGAGGUUGAGCCCAGGAAGUACAGACUGCGUCUCUACAAUACUGCUACAAGCAGACCUCUCGACAUUCAUGUGGAGCAGUCCAAUGGUGAUUGGCUUGACUUCCAGGUCAUUGCGUCCGACUCCGGCUUGUUUGGCUCCCCAGUAAACUCCAACCAAGUCACCAUGGGAAUGGCAGAGCGUUAUGAGAUCGUGGUAGACUUCUCUGCAUUCGCCAACCAGAACCUGACUUUGAAGAAUGCCUUCGCUCUGAGCGGCCCAGGCUAUCCCCAAUUCGACAACAUGGAUCUCGUCAUGUCCUUCGUCGUGGGUAACUCUGUGAACGAUUGGUCGUCGAACGAAGUUCCCAGUACUCUUAACCCCAACAUCAACUGGCCAGAAGACAGGGACGAAGUCGACCAUACUUUCAGAUUCCAAAGAGGUGACAACGUCUGGACUAUCAACGGUGUUGAUUUCGACGACGUCAACAACAGGAUACUUGCAAGACCGCCCCAGGGCUCAACCCAACGUUGGAGACUGGUCUAUGCUGGAGGUCCUGGAUACCAUCCAGUCCAUGUCCACCUUGUAGACUUCAAGAUCCUUUCGCGAACUGGAGGCAGUCGCGGUGUCCUCCCUUACGAGUCAGCGGGUUUGAAAGAUAUCGUUCUUCUCGAGCCUGGUGAGACCGUGGACAUCGAGGCACACUAUGGCCCUUGGAACGGACUCUACAUGUUCCACUGCCACAACCUUCGACAUGAAGAUUCGAUGAUGAUGGCUUCAUUCAAUGUCACCAGGCUUGAAACUCUGGGAUAUGAUAACGUCGAGUCUCUCGACAACCCUGAUGACCCGCGCUUUGUGGCACAGGACUGGUCAGCCGAUGCCUAUUCCGACGACCAAAUAUCAAGCAAACUCAAUUACCUCGGCAACUUAGGUGCAUAUGACGAGACCGAUCAGAUCGUCAGUGCCGUCGCAGCGUAUUAUACAAACAACCCCAACCCUCCUGUCGAAACUGGAACUACUGAGGCAGCCGGCUCGACUCAAACACAAGGCUGGGGCCAAAACUGGCAAAGUUGGCAAAACGGCAAAGGAGCUGGAGGUCAAGGCAACCAGAGGGGUGGCCGACCUUGGCCAAGGUAA